GUUACUCCUGUUCUGAUAGUGUAAACAUAGAAUGAAACAAAGGCAACCAAGCAUUAAAGUUAUAUAUGUUUUUAGAUCCAAUGGCACGUAAACGUCGUAAAAAAUAUGGUGGCAACAAAGGCAAAUGCUUCACUGAGGGGUGGUUGGAGUUUAAAGAUAGAAAUGUGGCAAAGUCUGUUGCAGCUUCACUCAACAACACCAUUGUUGGUCUGUAUUUCCUAAUUAGUUUUUUUAAUUGCUUCAUUAGACAUGUGUGUAUCUAUUGAUUAUAUGGGGAUGUGCUCAUUAGUGUAAGCUUAUGGCAAUGAUAAUCAAUUGAUUUAUUAAGGUGGAAAAAAGAGAAAUUAUUACCAUGAUGAUAUAUGGAAUAUAAAGUAUUUGCAAAAGUUUAAAUGGUCUCACCUCAGUGAAAAAAUGGGUAGGUAAUAUCAUAUUACCAUUGUCAUCACCACCAUCACAUGUACUACCAUCAUUAUUGCCGUCACAAAUACUACCACCACUAUCAUCACCACUACAUCAUCACCACCACCAUCACCACUACAUUAUCACCAGCACCAUCAUCACCACCACCAUCAUUACCACCAGCAUCAUCACUACUACCAUUACUACCACUACCAUCAUCACUACCAUCAACACCACUACCACCAUCAUCUCUAUCACCACCUCCUCCAUCAUCAUCGCCACCACCUCCAUCAUCACCACCACCUUCAUCAUCACCAGGAGCAGCAUCAUCACCAUCAUCAUCACCACCAUCAUCACUAUCAAACUAUAACAUUUCCCACUUUGCCUACAGCUUACCAAAAAGCAGUCCGAGAACAACGGAUGAGAACAGAAAUCUCGCAGGCGAAACGAGAAGCGAAUUUCUACUUGGAAAAUGUUGACAAAAACAAAGCUUUCAAAGCAAUGGAAAAACGAAGAAAAAAGAAAAAUUCCGAAGACAUAAACACGAAAGUGGGUAGAUUUUAAAAUCCCACUGUUCUCCAUGCCAUCCAGUCAUGAUCCAGUGAUCAGAAUGUUCCAUUGUCUUUUCAUUGUUUUGAAAAUCCCACUGUUCUCCAUGCCAUCCAGUCAUGAUCCAGUGAUCAGAAUGUUUCAUUGUUUUUUCAUUGUUUUGAAAAUCCCACUGUUCUCCAUGCCAUCCAGUCAUGAUCCAGUAAUCAGAAUGUUCCAUUGUCUUUUCAUUGUUUUGAAAAUCCCACUGUUCUCCAUGCCAUCCAGUCAUGAUCCAGUGAUCAGAAUGUUCCAUUGUCUUUCCAUUGUUUUGAAAAUUCUACUGUUCUCCAUACCAUCCAGUCAUGAUUCAGUGAUCAGAAUGUUCCAUUGUCUUUUCAUUGUUUUGAAAAUCCCACUGUUCUCCAUGCCAUCUAGUCAUGUUCCAGUGAUCAGAAUGUACCAUUGUCUUUUCAUUGUUUUGAAAAUCCCACUGUUCUCCAUGCCAUCCAGUCAUGAUCCAGUGAUCGGAAUGUUCCAUUGUCUUUUCAUUGUUUUGAAAAUCUCGCUGUUCUUCAUGCCAUCCAGUCAUGAUCCAGUGAUCAGAAUGUUCCAUUGUCUUUUCAUUGUUUUGAAAAUCCCACUGUUCUCCAUGUCAUCCAGUCAUGAUCCAGUGAUCAGAAUGUUCCAUGAUUGUCUUUUCAUUGUUUUGAGAAUCCCAUGCACUGUUCUUCAUGCCAUCCAGUCAUGAUCCACUGAUCAGAAUGUUCCAUUGUCUUUUCAUUACAGUCAAACCGGAUGUUCUCUUGCGAGCAACAUUGCAAUAUUGUCCCACAAUAUUGCAAUUUUGAUAGGCAGAUUGCUCUGAGCAAAUUGCAACCGACGCGAAUAAAUUCCAAGUUGGAAAUUCACAAAAGAUUUGUAAACAAAGCCUCUGAUUGGAUUAUAAGAAAGAGGGAAGCCAAUCAAGUAGUCUGAGCAACUGGAUUGGUGCUUCCCCCUUUCUUAUAGUCCAAUCAGAGGCUUUGUUUACAAAACUUUUGUGAAUUUUAACUUGCAAUUUGUUCGCGUCGGUUGCAAAUUGCUCAGAGCAAUCUGCCUAUCAAAAUUGCAAUAUUGUGGGACAAUAUUGCAAUGUUGCUCGCAAGAGAGCAUCCGGUUUGACUAAUUGUUUUGAAAAUCCAACUAUUCUCUAUCACUCGUUACAAAUGUGUCUGUUAAACUCUGUUUUACUUCUCACAGCCUGCAAAAAUUCGAAGGCUUGAAAGAGCAGCAAAAACAAAGAGUGAUAAGAAAAAAGUCAGCCCUGCUGCAAACACACAACUGAGUAAAAGCUUGUUGAAGAAAGUGAGUUGUAGAUGAUGUAAUUUUUAUUGAUUUAAAUCACUGUCUAGACUUAACAUUCUGCCUGUAUUGAAAUAUAGCAUCGUUUCAUGGCUUGCGCAUAAUCUUGUUUUGUUUAGAUAUUCACUGGAGGAAAUGGUUAACAGAGUCAUAUAAAACCAAUUAAUCUCCACUGAUGUCCACACAGUACAAGAAUGAGCAUGCCCACACAAGCUCAGAAUGUAUGGUGUUUACGAGUAACAGCAUCGAAUGUCUCCCCCACAGAAAUUAUGAACCAUUAAUAAGUAUCUAGUGGUAUAGGCCGAUGCGAUAUUAAAAGAAUCGAUAUAUUGAUGUCUUUAAAAAUAUCGACUAUAGCGAAUUAUGCAAAUUAGAAAACAUAGUUUAGUCAACUUGCAUGUACAACGCAUCACAGACAGCAAAAAAAACAAAGUUGCAUGAAACAGGUUAAACCACAGAUCUAGGUAUUUCUAGAACAGUGGGUCAAACAUUAAGAGAUGUUUCUCAACAGUUUAUGAAUGUUUAAAGAUUCAUACACAUGACGUCUAACAUUACCGGACAAUAAUUGCCGAAAAAAGGAGAUUAAAGAGAGUGGCAAUAUAAAUUUUUAUUUCCUCAUUUGAAAGAACUUUUGAAACUUUUACCGAUUUUUCAUAUCUCGCUUAAGGCCAUGUUACACGGUGCAAUUUUUCUUGCAACUUGCAAUGCAUUUCUACUCUUGAGAGAUGUUAAUUAGUGAAAUCAGUAAAGAAUUUUCGAUAUGUUUAGAAAACAUCAGCGGAGUGUAAUGAAGACUCGUACUUGGCAAUUUUACAUCUCUCAAGAGUAUAAUUGCAUUGCAAGUUGCAAGAGAAAUUGCACCGUGUAACAUGGCCUUUAGUUCUCGAAAUAUUUUCACUUGAAGUAAUGAGAUGUCCGCCAUCUUGGAUAAAAUUUUGAUCUCAUUAACGGUAGUUUUGGCGACGUCACAACAGGGAUUAACCAUAUAAAAGUAUUCGUUGUUGCUGACCAAAUAUUGAUUGGUAGAUGUUUUAAAGGUUUUGAGUGAUCUUGAUAUUUCGAAGGGCAGACAGAGUAUAGUUUGAGUGCAAAAUGAUUAGUGCUUGUCUAGAUAAAAAUAUUGUAGGGGUCACCCCUGUUGUGACGCGACAUGCAUAUCUACAAAUGGCGACCAUUUCAUUCCUUUCGAACAAAAUAUUUGUAGAAAUAAGCAAGAUAUGAAAAAAACGGUAAAAGAGUAUUAUAUAUAGUCUUAAAAGUUCUUUCAAAUGAGAAAAUAAAAAACAUACUGCCAUUUCCCUUUAAGUUGUCUAGUUUCGAUAUGCGAAAAAUCGAUUAUCGAUAUUUUUGAAAAAUAUUGGUAUUUAUCGAAAACAUUGAUAUAUCGCAUCAGCCCAUAGUGUUUAAAAUGGGAACCAUGUACGUUGUAGCCCAUUCGAGAAAAGAUGAUCCAUUGGACUGCUACCUAUGCUGACAUUGAUGAUUUGAAGGGCUAAUUAUCUUAUAUAUAAUUCUAUAAUACAAAUUCCUAGUCAUAGGAAAAUAUCAUAAAAUAUCUACCAUGCUACGAAGACGUUCAACAACAGCCUUUCUUAGGUUGUCCGGCAGGCUGUUCAUCGACAAUUUCAACACCUCGUUUUCUUGACGAAGCGCCACGCCUACCACUCGACUGACCGUUGCUUGCAGAAGCAUCUUGUGCGGUCACCAUUGCUAAACAAU